UACAAAAGAAAGUAGAAAACAUGAAAAAAUCUCAAUACUCUUGCACUGCCCGGAGGCAACAUUCGUGGUCUGUGAAUCCUCGAGGAAGAAGAGCAACGGUGAUGAGGAUCAAUUUCUGAACCCAUCCUCCUCGCCAUCCUCAAGAAAUAUGGGUAAGUCUGAAGGUCCCAAUCCGCCUCCUUCACCCUAUGCCAAAAUUCACCCCUCCAAUGACCCCGACGUUGAUCACAAUUCAUAUUCCCUCGAGAAAUUCAGACUUUACGAAACCAGAGCGAGAUAUUAUCUGAUUGGGAGCGAUCGCUACAAGAGAUUCUUCCGAGUGUUGAAGAUAGAUCGGUCGGAACCAUCAGAACUCAACAUCAGUGAAGACCCGGUGGUAUAUUCGCUGCAAGAAAUCAGGAACCUCCGUCAGCGAAUUGCUGAAGGGAAUCGUGCUACGGGGGGUUUAAACCCGGUUACAAAGGCUUUUGGUAUUGCAGGUUGCAUUAAAUGUUUGGAGUCGUAUUACUUGAUUUUGGUUACCAAGCGUCGGCAAAUUGGAUGUAUAUGCGGUCAUGCAAUAUAUGGCAUAGAUGAAACCCAAUUGAUUACAAUUCCACACGUCUCAGUUCAGACAGAUGUAGCACACUCUAAAACUGAGCUGAGGUAUAAAAAACUCUUAUCCAGUGUCGAUUUGACCAAAGAUUUUUUCUAUAGCUAUACGUAUCCAAUUAUGCAAAGUUUGCAAAAGAAUGCCAUGUCAACUGCUGCAGAAGGAAUGCCAUACGACAACAUUUUUGUCUGGAAUGCUUAUUUGACUCGAGCAAUUCGAUCACGAUGCAAUAAUACUGCAUGGACCAUAGCAUUAGUUCAUGGACAUUUCAAGCAGGUUAGGCUAUCAAUAUUUGGAAGAGACUUCACUGUCACUUUGAUUUCCAGGCGUUCUCGACAUUUUGCAGGAACACGUUACUUAAAAAGAGGAGUGAAUGAUCGAGGACGGGUUGCAAAUGAUGUUGAAACAGAGCAGAUUGUCCUUGAUGAAGAAGCUGGUUCAUGCCGAGGAAAAAUGAGUUCUGUUGUGCAGAUGCGUGGUUCUAUUCCUCUUUUUUGGUCUCAAGAAGCCUCUAAAUUUAGCCCCAAGCCAGAUAUUAUCUUACAGCGAUAUGAUCCUACAUAUCAAGCUACAAAAUUGCAUUUCGAAGACCUUGCAAUGAGAUAUGGGAAUCCAAUUAUUGUUCUCAAUUUAAUUAAGACUGUUGAGAAAAGGCCUAGAGAAAUGAUGCUGAGGCGUGAAUUUGCAAGUGCAGUUGGCUAUUUGAAUCAAAUUCUUCCGGAAGAAAAUCAUCUUCAAUUUAUCCACUGGGACUUCCAUAAAUUUGCUAAGAGCAAGGCUGCAAAUGUGUUGGCUGUCUUGGGUGCUGUGGCAAGUGAAGCACUUGACUUGACUGGUUUCUACUACAGUGGUAAGCCCAGUGUUGUGAAGAAAAAAUCAAAUCAAGUUAGUGGAACAAACACUUCAAGGGAUGGUGCCCUUGGAGAUUUGAGGGCUAGUUCAGGGGAUCUUGCUAAAAUUGGGAGCAAUACUGAAACGAUAAGCACUGUUAUUAGUCGAGAGAGAGAGGCUGCAUCUAAUCAGUAUGAUAAAAUAAACAGCCAUAGUAGUGAAGCAUCACGCUUUCAGAGUGGAGUUCUACGUACAAACUGCAUUGAUUGUUUAGAUCGAACAAAUGUUGCACAAUAUGCUUAUGGUCUUGCAGCUUUAGGCCGCCAACUCCAUGCAAUGGGUUUGACAAAUAUGCCUAAAGUGGAUCCUGAUAGUAGCAUUGCUGCAGCUCUUAUGGAUAUGUAUCAGAGCAUGGGGGAUGCACUUGCUCAACAAUAUGGUGGCUCCGCUGCUCACAACACUGUGUUUCCAGAAAGGCAGGGAAAAUGGAAAGCUACCACCCAAUCUAGAGAGUUUAUCAAAUCUAUCAAACGCUAUUAUCGCAAUACUUGCACUGAUGGUGAAAAACAAGAUGCGAUAAAUUUAUUUUUAGGUUACUUUCAACCACAAGAAGGCAAACCUGCUUUGUGGGAACUGGAUUCUGAUUAUUACCUUCAUGUAUCAGGGCUUGGAGAUGAUCUUUUUCCCGAUAAGAGUUUGGAAGCUGCCUCCAAUUCUAUUGUCGGAACAGCAAUAACGCUUGAACCUAUACCAGCAUGCAGAGAAGAUUUUUCUAGGAUGAAGUUGACAUCAUUUAAUAAAUUGAUUGAACGUACCUGUGGUUCAAUAAAGAAUGUAAGGAUUUGGUGUGAGCCUGAUCAGAAACCUGGAGGUAGUACAGGAAAUUCCAGCAUGGCACCCGAUGCAGCUGAAAUUCAACUCAGAAGCCCAAAUUGGCUGUUUGGUCAGAGGAGGUAUGAAGAAAGUAGCCCUGGUUCCAAAGGUGUUUCACAUGAAGCUGCAGUCUGUACAACUGAGGAUAACAUAAAAAUUGACGGGUUCUGUGAUUUAAACAAGCUUUCUUCUAGUGACAAUUUCAAUGAUGAGGAAAUCUUCCAAAGGUACCUUGCAAUGACAUCAAUUGAAGAAGCCAAUGGUUGGUAUGGGGGUACUCUACUUGGUGAUCAAGAUGAAAGCAGUGAAAUAUAUACACACUAUUCUGAGUUAUGUGAGGGCCCUGCCAUGAUGUCUUUCCAGAAUGAUCCUGAAAGGGAGAAGCACUAUGCUGAUCUUUUACGCAUGGGUGCGAUUGAUGUUAUGGAUAAUGCUUCUAUAGAUGAAGACAUGGAGGCGGCUUUGAAGGAGUAUGAUGAAGUUGGUGUAGAUCUUGGCAUCAUACCUUCAUCGUGCAAGUACUUCGCCGAAGAUCCUAGUUGGUUGACUAGAUGGAUCAUUGGAGAAGAGAAACUUCAAAGGAUAUAAGUUGAGAAUGAAAAAACCCAUUUGCAUUACCAAUUAUGAGUAGCUUGUCUGCAUGUUCUUCAAACAUUUUGCGAAUAAACGAAGUAGGAGUUAAGGUGAAAACCGAGAUACAAUGUAAAAAUGUGGUUGUGUUUCUCAAAUAGGAUCAACUGGGUUGACAUUUGCAUAUGUAAUGACAUGGCUUUUUAAAUAAUAUUACACUGGAAUGGCUA